CUCAAUAUCGAAACAUAUCCAUUUUAUAACCAAGACCGUUAACAUGGCCUCCACGACGGAGGCUCGGCCUCCUUCCACCACCACGCAUGCCUCGCUCUACUCCUCGGACAAACCGGCGAUAACUGCGCACCUCUUGCUCAUAGCCCUGUCGCUAGCACCUCUAGUAAUCAAUGUGCCAACGAAUUUCAACAUCGUGGCGACUGCAGCGCUCGCGGUGUACUCGGGCUGUUGGCGAUCUGUCAAGCCCGCGCCGCCCACGGAGAGCAUGACCAAAAAGGAUGCUAUGCGCUUCCCGCUAGUUGGAAGCUGCGUCCUUUUCGGUCUGUUCCUGCUCUUCAAGUUCCUGCCGAAAUGGCUGGUGAAUGCGGUGGUGUCCCUCUACCUGGGAGGCAUCGCCGUGUUCGUGCUCACGUCGGCCGUGGAGCCAUACGUGAAGGAUUAUUUCCCGGAGAGCAUUCGCCACAUGGAGAUCGGGCUUCCGCGCGUCAAAGUACCCUACGUGUUUGACAACACCGAUGGCUCUAUGCGCCCCACCGUGCCGGAGCUGUGCCUGGCCGCGGUCAGCCUGGGGUUCUGCGUGUGGUACUACGUGCGCAAGCACUGGUUCGCUAACAACGUGCUGGGCCUGGCUUUCUGCCUGGAGGGCAUCGAGCACCUGAGCCUGGGCUCGGUGCACGUGGGCAUCAUUCUGCUGGUGGGCCUGUUCUUCUACGACAUCUUCUGGGUGUUCUUCACGCCGGUGAUGGUGUCUGUGGCGAAGAACUUCGACGGCCCCAUCAAGCUGCUGUUUCCACGGGCGGGCAGCGCGGAGGAGCUGGCGGGCGGCAAGCGGCCCUUCGCCAUGCUGGGCCUGGGUGACAUCGUCAUCCCGGGCAUCUUCGUGGCGCUGAUCCUGCGCUACGACGUGCAGCGCAACUUCCGCUCCAAGUACUUCCGCUCCGCGUUCGGCGGCUACGUGGCCGGACUCAUCGCCACCAUCGUGGUCAUGAACGUGUUCAAGGCGGCCCAGCCGGCGCUGCUGUACAUCGUGCCGUGCGUGCUGGGCGCCACGCUGGGCCACGCCUGGCUGGCCCGGGAGUUCAAGAGCGUGUUUGACUUCAGCGAGGCGGCGGAGGAGGGCAAAGAGGAGGGCAAGGAGGAGGGAGAGGGGAAAGGCACGGAGCAGGAGAAGCCGGAGGAGAAGAAGACGCAAUGAGGGAGAGGGAGAGCUGUAAGCGUGUGUUACGGCGGCGGUGUGCAUGAUUGUAAGCCAUCGUGCACGAAGGGGUCCAAAACCUCGGCUGCGGUUGGGUCGUAUCGCCCCGGAGGGUGUGGCGUUCCGCUAGACGUUUGAUGUAUGCCAGAGUGUGUGUAUUGUCUACAAGGGCUAAGAGCCCAGGACCUCGCAGUGACGAAGAUACUGCUUAUCAGUCAGACCCUAAUGGUGUCGGGUAACUGCUCGGACCAACCAACGAAUGAAUUGAUGGCUGUCAGGUGGAAGACGCGCACGGUGCACGAAUGUUGAAGGAUGGGGCAGGUGGCUGAACUAUUGGCUGGCUGGCAUCGCAGAAGGCUGCAACCUCUGGCGGUAGGGACCGGGGCACGCCGGCCCGGCUCGGUUCUACCCGUUGUAAGGACGGCUUGAA